AUACCAGUAUGUACGUUUUCUUCACCAUAAAUUUUAUUACAAAGUGUCGCAAAAAGUUACUGACAGAUAAAUAGAAAUGAUAUGGAUUGGUAGCACUCGCGCGAGAAAGAAUAUCACCUGAGUAAUAGAGGGAACACAACGACGUGUUAAAUCUUCUGCUUGAAUUUUACUUAUGUGCUGCACUUAUGUUCACUGCCGCCAGGAGCCGUUUCUUUUAGACUCCACCAUGCAUGAAGGAGAUCACCUGUCCGUUGCCUAGCAACGGUUACCCCCGCGAUGAUUGACCCAUGACCCCAACAUACCUGUGUCGUCUGAUCGCGCCAGGCAGACAGACCUUUGCCCGUUUUGUGCCAUUUUGAAGAAUUGUUCGACUUGAAAUCGUCGUGUUUUGACAAGUGACAAACGUACAGGUGGCUCUUCAACAUGGCGGACCAACCAGACGGGUUUAGAGAGGAAAUUAGGGAAGAGUUCCUGACGUGCAGUAUCUGUAUGGAGGUGUACACCCGUCCUAAGAUGCUCCCGUGUGUCCACACGUUCUGCCAGCGGUGUCUGGAGCGGUUCGCCGCCGGGAAGUCUUCCCUGGCCUGUCCGACCUGCCGCCGAGAGGUCACGUUGCCAGUUGGCGGUGUGCAAGCUCUCACCGAUAACUUCUACAUCGCGAGUCUGUGUGCCAAAGUUUCCAGCCCCUCCCACGAAACUCAGACGACAGGACGGACGACAACCCCGCAGACGACGAACCCCUGUUCGAAUCACCCUGGCAACCAGGUUCUAUCGUUCUGUCGAACCUGCCAGGUUGCUACAUGUGCCGCAUGCGCAGACGACCACCCCGGGCACGAUGUAGACGACAUUGCGUCGGUUAUGUUGGAGAAACGUGGCGAAAUUGGACAAACUUUAGACAACGCGAAGGGAAGAAUCCACAAACUUUACGGUUUCUUAGACGAGCUUGACCAGGCAGACUUACAGGCGGAACGGAAUUUCCAGGAGGCGGAAACUCUGGUGAAUCAGACGUGCCAAAGACUGGUGGAGGCGGUCGCUAGGCAACAGGAGGGCGUCAUAGCCGACCUGAGAGCGCGGGCCGGGGCCAGGAGGGCCGAACUGACGCAACGGCGGGAACAGGUGCAGACGACAAUGUCAAACCUUAUCGUAGCCUGUCGCCGGGCCGAGGAAGACAUGCGCACUACGGAUCUCCAGGCCAUGUCAACGCGACAACACGACCUCACGGAGAUCGUUACAAGCCACGGGGCGACAGAUCUCAACAUCUCAGGCGAGGAGGUAGAGUUCCAACCGUGCCUUGACAACGUUUCUAUCGGCCAGCUUGGCGUUAAAGAUGCCAGGGGAUCUGAAAUGUUAGGGUUACCUCUAUCUCCGACUAGAACACAGCAAGCUACGACCCAAGCAAAUAUAACGGUUGGAGGAUUGAAGGGGAGGGGGGCUGGCCAGUUCGACUUCCCUACCGACGUUGCUGUCACCAACUUUCACAUUUUUGUGCUCGACAAGGGGAACAACAGAGUGCAGGUGUUGGACAAGAGGGGGAGCUUUGUUCGUGCCUUUUACACGGGAAACGAAACCUCCAAACCUCAGGGCAUUGCUGUAAACCCAAGCGGGCAGGUGGUCGUCACGGACUUGGGUGACGGUACUGUGAAGGUGUUCUCGCAAGAAGGCCAGCUUUUGGAAUACUUCGGAGAAGGUUUUGCCAAGCCCUGCGGUAUCAGCAUACACCCUUGGUCCGGGUUGGUCGCUAUUGCGGACAUCCAGAAAGAGAGGGUGACUGUACACCGUCCGGAUGGGAGCCUAGUGCUGACGCUGCACUCUAAAGGCGAGGGGGUACAGUCGUUCCGAAAGCCCGCGUAUGUUGGCACUAUGAACUCUGGUGGGGUGCUUAUAUCUGACAACGCUACCCAGUCGCUAAAGUUGUUCAGUAAGGACGGAAAAUUCGUGCGGGCCAUAGGGAGGACUGCCGAGAGGGUGGACGGGAGCGGACAGCUUCGGUACCCGAGGGGGAUCAUCGCGGACAACGCCGACAAUAUCAUCGUGGCUGACGCCGAUAACGGCACCGUAGACGUGUUCGACUGUAACGGCAAGUUUCUCCUCCACACGGCCAACAAGGCGGACGGGUUGAAGCGACCGACGGGCCUGGCUCUGCUCGGAGACAAGAGACUUGUGGUGACGGACACCGCGACUCACAGCGUUCUCAUCUUAAACAUGGCGGAUAAGGAUAUCUUACCACGAGACGCCGGUAGAACCGUCGACUCACCCAGCAAAGUGUGUAGUGUGAUGUGAUAGGGUCUAAGUAGAUAAUUUUUUUUUCUUUUCUUUUGUUUGUUUCUUCCACUUAAUGCGAUGGUCACAUUUCCAAACCGGGGCCCGGCCGGGCAGAUUUCGGGAACGAAAAGUAUGAUAGAUAUGAAAGAUAGCAAACACACAAUGUAACGUUAUAUACAGACUGUAAAAAAACUACAUGUAGUAGUCAACAAAAUGUGCGAAUAUUCAUUGAUAAACAGUAAAUUUUCAUUGCCGCAAACAUCCCGGCCGGGCACCGGUUUGGAAAUAUAGCCGUAGUAUAGCAUACCCGAAACUGCUACAAUGACAUACUUUGUUGUGCCAAAUUAAAUAUACACGUUGUAUGACCUUUCUGUGAAUUUCACGAGGAAAAAUCUAGCAGCAAUGUGAUUUCAACAAAACCAUUUUAAAGAGAUGACAUGAACAGUAUUGUGCUAAACAGUGAGAUGUGGUUAACCCAUAAUUCGUUGGAAAAUACUUGAAAAGUGGAGCGAAAUUAUUGACAGAAAAGGGGAUUGGGUCAUUGCAGACAAAUAUGAAAAUUAUCACACUUAACAGGCCAAAGAGUAAAUAGGACAUGGGCACAAAGACAUGCCAAAAUGGCAUUGUUCACUUUUGGGUCGACUGUUAAUCAGUAUCAUCCUAUUGCAUUUCUUAAAGUCUUUCAGUCAAGAUCACAUUUAUCCUUAUGACGUGCAUUAUGACAAAACAUUUCUUCGAAUACACGAUAAAAAAAUUUUAAAAAGUCGCACAGAAGUUUCAAGUCUUUUAUACUUUACUAGAGAAGACAUAUCUUUAUCUUCUACCCUGCUUAUAGUUACUUUCCACAGUUGAUAUUCAAGUCGAAUACUAAGUAAUUAACUUCAUAGUCUACCCUGUUUACUGUGAU